AUGCAAUUCAUCAAACUGACGCUGUGUACACUGUUCGCUGCGGCAUCUUUGGUAGCUGCUGCUCCAGCCGGUUCUUCUUCAACCACUGUAAAUUGCCGUGAAAAUCCUACGCUCUGCGGGCCUCCAGACUGCAACACAAAUCCUUCGGCCUGCAGGCCUCCACUUAACUAA